AUGAGCUUUUCUCCUGGCAGCUCGGGGGAUCUGCAGGUUUAUCUUGCUGGGUGGCCGCUUGACCACAAUGGAGUAAUCUCGGCGGACUUUGCCUCAAACCAGUCAUAUUAUUUUGAGGUCUUUCUUUCAAAGGUGACCAAGGCGGUGCGGUGUAUAGUGUUUCGCAAGGUCGCCCACUUCUCCUUGUCAGAAUCUCAGGCCUGUUUGGCUGGCUCAUCUAUUAAUACGAAAAUUUCCCUGCUUCUUGCUGCGGUGGAACCUCUUGGGCUGGAGCUUGAUCUUGCAGCACACUACGGAGUGGUCUGUAUCGCAGUCCGCGCUAUGUUCUAUCUAUCUAUCUAUCUAUCUAUCUAUCUAUCUAUCUAUCUAUCUAUCUAUCUAGAUAUCUAUCUAGAUAUCUAUCUAUCUAGAUAUCUAUCUAUCUAUUCUGUUCAUAUUCAUCUAUCUAUCUAUCUAUCUAUCUAUCUAUCUAUCUAUCUAUCUAUCUAUCUAUCUAUCUAUGAACAGAUUGAGAUAGAUAGAUAG